CCUUCCCAACACAGAGACAUAGAAUUUCUUCCAAGACAUCCUAUAACCAAUACCAUCCAUUUUACCUUCUUAUAUUGUUCCAUACUCCAUCACACACAUCACCAUGUCCAUGGAUCGCCACCGCACACCGUGGCAGAUGAAGCCCAACGACGCACGGGUCGUCGGCAAGGCCGAAUCGUCAGGCGCCGGAGAUUUGUCGUUCCCUCGCACGUUCGAUGAUUUCUCCCUCCUCGAGAGCGGCCUUCGCAGAAGGAAUCGCGUCAGCAAUAUGGGUGGUGGAAACGACAAUUUCAAGUAUCGAGCAAAGGCCGGGAAGUCCGUCGAUCCGCAGUUGCUAGCUGUGUUGGAGUUCUUCAGGGAGCUAUACGCUCGGAGGAGGGACUUGUUCAAGGAGCUGUUUCCGAAGCUUCACGACGAGUUCGCCGAGUUCUCCAAGAGGCUCGAGGAUUUGUUGUUUCGCGAGGAGAAGGAAAGGCUAGCAGAUCGACUGAGGCGGAGCCUGAGCGUCGGAUCGCCGAGAACGACUUCUAGAGAGAUAGGAGGCGGUGAUUUGCCCUUGAAGCUCGAGAGGUUCAAAGUGAGGACGGUGGAUUUAGAUGACGACGAUGCUCCAACAGCAGGGGGCGGCGGUGGAGGUCAAGGCGGUGGGCAAGGAGGAAAGGGUGGUACGAAGUCUUCCGGUGGAUCCAAAGCCAAGUGACUUUUAUUUUGUUCUCAAUUUUUUUUUUUUUUUGGUUAUUUUGAAUCGAUGGAGAAGAUUUUAUUCGGACAUGU